AUGUUUGGUUUUGUAUCUGUAGACUCAAAACCUAUGUGUCUUGAAUGUGAUGCCUUCAUGACAAAUCAUUCCACGAAGAAAGUUAAGCUGGAACAGCACCAGAAAUUAAGGCAUCCAUUAUCUGUUGGUAAUGGUAGGGAAUAUUUUGAGAAUAAAAAGAAAAUACAACCAAUCAAACUACCUGACUUUGUAAAGAAGAUAAAUACUGAAAAAGCAAAGACACUCAAACCAAGUUAUUUGGUCUCUGAAAUUAUUGCCAAGGUUGCAGCACCUCAGAUUUAUGGUGAGAAACUUGUGAAGCCUGCUAUGAUAGCUUGUGCAAAUGAGGUUGAUGAUAACACAAUUCGUAACCAAGCUAUCCUUCUGGUCUAUGUCAGAUUCGUCCAUGAAGAUGAUAUAAAGGAAGAAAUGUUACUCAUUAAAAGUUUGUCUGAAACUACUAAUGGAGAAGAUAUAUCCAAUGAUAUAAUGCAAUAUUUUAAUGAUAAAAAUAUUCCAUUGACUAGCUUGAUCGACAUUGCAUCAGAUGGAGUUGCAGCCACAACUGGAAAAGUGAAAGGCUUUGUUUCUAGAAUGAAAUCAGUUGCGCCUUACAUCUUUUAUAUACAUUGCAUUAUCCACAGACAGCAUUUGGUUGCUAAGAAUAUUGGAGGACACAUGGAAGAAGCACUCAACACUGCCAUACAUGCAAACAACUUUGUCAAAUCAAACUCAGUGAAUAAUAGAUUUUUUAUGCAAUUCUGUGAAGAUGAAGAUUUUAAAACCCUAUUGCUUCGCACAGAAGUAAGAUGGUUGUCAAAAGGCCUGAGGCUUGAAAGACUAGUGAAUUUGUGGGAACCAUUAAUCAACUUUCUUAUGUUCAAGAAAUGCAUUGCUGCAUGCAUUGCCCAUCUUGAAGGUCUUCAUGUAGACUUUGAGAGAAGAUACAAUGAUUUAUUAAAGAUGGAUUAUCCACUCUGGUUUGUAGACCUAGAAAAUUAUGAGCUAGGAGAUGAAAAUUUUGCAUUGGCUGAAAUGUUGGAUUUGAAAGAUAAUAUGAAACUGAGAAGAAGAGUUGAAAAAGAAGGUGUCUUUGCCUAUAUAUCGAUAAAGGAAUCACACCCAAAUAUUUUUCGAUAUGUAGAAGCAAACAUCAUUUUUUUCCCUACCACAUGGAUGGUGGAAUCUGCAUUUUCAGCUGUUGUAGAUAUUUUAAAUAGAAAAAGAAAUAAAUUAGAUGUCAAUAGCAGAGGAACUAUCAGACUAAGACUAAAUGAAUUCAUUAAAAUUGAUUAUGAUAUCUUGUGUCAGAAACAGCAAUAUCAAGCUAGUAGUCACUACCUGAAUGGACAAAAAAUGAACAACUUUAUGAAAAAUGAUUUUGAUAUCUUUGUUUACUAA